AUGGCUACUUCGCCGAUCUCCGUUCUCAUCCUGAUCGUCGUCACGCAGGCUGGUGCCGGGCCCACUGGGCUUGUUCUGGGACUGACCCUCCUUCAGAAUGGCAUCCAAGUCCGUAUCGUUGACAAGGACCCGAACCGCCAUCCUGGACAGCGGGGUUCUGGCUUGCAGCCGCGUACACUGGAGCUGUUCCACUUCCUCGGCGUUCUUGACGAUGUGGACGCCAUGGCAUUGUCUAUUAUGCCGAGGCGCGAAUACAAGCUACCAGGAGGAACAGAGACGCUCAAGGUAGCGAUGAUAGCUGCCAUCGAAGAUCCUACCCCCUCAACCCCUUACGUCAACGCAAGGUUGCUUGGCCAGUACAAUACCGAAGCGAUUCUUCGUGCGCACAUUGAACGCCUUGGGGGCACUGUAGAGUACGGGACCGAGCUGCGUGGCUUUGAGCAGCACCCAGACCACAUCGAAGCAACGCUUGUCACCAAGGACGGCGAGAAGGACAAGACCGAGACACUGGCUUCCCACUGGCUGGUAGGUACGGAUGGUGCCCGAGGCGUUGUUCGCAAGCAACUGGGCCUGUCUUUCAUCGGGGAGACUCGUACGGACGGAGUAGUAAUUUUGCUCGGUCUGGUCGAAGUCCAGGGACUUGACGCGAAGCACUGGCACCAGUGGGCAGAAAUGAAUGCUGGCGGCCUUGUAUUGAUCCCUACAGAGAGGACCGGAUACUACAGCUUCCUCCUCGGAGGGGUGCAAGAUGUGGAAAAGCUGUUGGUGGACAGAGACGCACUUGUCGAGACCCUCCUCAAUCGGGUUGAGCGACAGGACUUGGUGUUCGGGAAAGUCGAGGCGGUCUCGUCAUACAGGCCGAACAUCCGCAUGGUGGACAAGUUCGGCGAAGGCCGCGUCUUCGUCGCCGGAGAUGCGGCGCAUGUUCACAGUCCAGCUGGUGGCCAGGGCUUAAACUCCAGUGUCCAAGACGCGUUCAACCUCGCAUGGAAACUCACGCUCGUCGAAAAGGGCCUCGCCUCGCCCUCGCUGCUGGCCACCUACACCGAGGAGCGCCUCCCCGUCAUCGCCGCGAUGCUGCAGAAGAGCACGGACCUCUACGACGCCAUGCGGAAGGGCGACCAGCGCGGCUGGGAGCGUGGAGGCAACCUCAGGAUGCUCGGCGUGAACUACCGCUGGAGCUCCAUCGUCGUGGACGAGCGCACGCCCAAGGCCCAGUCGCCCGAGAGCGUCAAUCCCUAUGGCUCGGGCACCGACGGUGAUCUCAGAGCGGGCGACCGUGCGCCUGACGCACCCGGCCUUGUCUCUGUCGGCAGCGAGGAGGCCGGCGGCUCAACGUCGCUCUUCAGCGUGUUCCGCCCUUCCCACCAUACAGCGCUUCUGUUCAACCUACCUGCCGAGGAGACGGAGCAAGUACUCAGAGUGGCACAAAAGUAUCCGUCUGGCUCUGUCAAGACGGUGUCGAUUUACCCUCAGGGCACGUCAGUACCCAAUGUCAUUGGACGCCCGGACCUUGCGGUGGUCGACAAGGACGGCCAUGCGUACGCAGGAUACCAAGUGUCCCCGGAGAAGCCGACGAUCGUGAUCGUGCGUCCGGACGGGGUCGUGGGAGGGAUUGUCUACGGUUUGUCCGGCGUCGAGCAAUAUUUCAGAGGUGUCUUCGACGCCACGGGCGAUGCGCUCUAAGUAGUGCGCUCAGAUAUGAUAUUCACCGUCUAGACCAUGUGUACCAUUAGUAAGCAUUAUCAUUAUACAUCCCAACUCCGUACUUCCAAGUCCAUAUGCA